AAGAUUUGAAAUCGAUGUUUCAGAGACAACCAAAAUAUCGAUGUAUCGAUUGGGAAAUCGAUUUUCUUUCCAGCUCUAAAAUGAAUGUUCCGCAAGUUUUCGGUUUUUGGAGAAAGUUUUUACAGUUUCUGUGCGCUGCAUUGGGCCAGAAUUAUUCGCAAUGGCGCCGGACAACAUUGGGGCCCUUGGGGUCCUCGAAAAUUUCCUAGACCGGUACAAAAUCAACCUGCUGCAGAUGAUGUUCGGCACCUUCAUCGCCACGAUCGUCUUCUUUGGCGGAUUGAUGACUUUCGUGGAGAAGUACCUGCCGAAUAGUAUACGUCAGUCCUUUCGGUAUGGAAAGCACAGUUUCAAGGGCGAAACAGAUCCAUUGGUAGCCUGGUUGGAGGUCCCGAAGUCCUGGUUCAAGCACUUCUAUAUCUUCGCCUUGUUCUGGAGCUGGCUGUGCUUCUAUCUGCUCAUAAUGACUGUCCGGGAACAGAAGGAGGCGCCAGAAUAUGUCCUGCGAUUCCUGGACAUCAUGGGCGGCGGGAGGAGUCACCGAAAAGUGGAGAUCGAUUCUACGACGGCCUGUGUGGGAACACUGAUGCUGACUUUUCAGUGCACCCGGCGUUUUUACGAGACCAACUUUAUGCAGAUCUUCUCCACGAAGAGCAAGAUAAACCUUUCGCACUAUGCCGUGGGCUAUGUUCACUACUUUGGUGCCGUAAUAGCUUUACUAUCCAAUACUUCCGGCUUUGUGCGCGGCUCCCAGCCAAUGGAAUUCAGCCUGGACAAGCUGACGGGACAGCAAAUACUCUACCUCGUAGUCUUUUUCAUCGCCUGGCAGCAGCAAUAUGCCAGCAACAUGAUAUUGGUAAACCUGAGAAAGGAUCCGCAGACGGGUAACAUCAGAACGGAGAAGCAUCUUCUGCCCAAGGGUGGCCUAUUCAAUCUGAUUUCGUCUCCGCACAUGUUCCUUGAGGUGGUCAUGUACUUCUGCAUCGCCGAUCUUUACAUGCCCGUGAGGAUUUGGCGGCUCAUCUUCCUCUGGGUGGCCAGCAAUCAAACUAUUAAUGCUCUGCUAACCCACAAGUGGUACAAGGAGACGUUCAGAGAGUAUCCGAAGAACCGACGUGCCAUCAUUCCGUUCCUGCUCUGAGUCCGAAGACUGGAAAUAUUUCGCAUUUUUGUACAAAUAAUUUAGUAGUGGAAUUUAUUAAAGUCGUUUUACACGCACGAAAAA